AGGCGAGCUGUCGUCUGCGCCAAGAUUCGGUGAGUUUUCAAAGAGAGACACACGCGGAUGGAUGGAUGUAUGGAUGGAUCAAUGCAGAGGAGAGUGGAAAAUUCCGACGGUCACAGAGAGGAAAUACUCCACGUCGGCCGUCAGAUUCAAACAAUCCAACUCAAACAUUGGUAAGUAGAUGGAGCAAAGAUGGACGAAUGAAUCGAUGGCGCGCAAUGCGUCUGUGUGUCUGUCUGUGUGUCUGUGUUUGUGUGCAGGUGCCAGACUCCGCCACGGCAGACGCAGACACACUUCCCGCAACAGCCAUUGAGCGAGUGCAGGCAGUUCACGAGCCAUGAGUGACUCUGCGUCUGUGAGAGCGAACCAACCAAUGAUGCCAUGACAUGGAUGCAUCUCAUCAACUGACUGACUGACUGAG